AUGUCGGCGACUGAUGGAGAAGCAGCCGCGAAGCCGCAACGCGGCGCGUUCAUUGUUCUCGAGGGCCUGGACCGCAGCGGCAAGACGACGCAGGUGAAGCUCCUGGAGCAGAAGUUCAUAGAGCAGGGCAGACUGGUCAAGCUGAUGCGCUUUCCAGACCGCACAACGCCGGUAGGUCAAAUGAUUGAUUCGUACCUCAAGAGCGCCGUUCGAAUGGACGAUCAUGCGAUUCACCUGCUCUUUAGCGCCAACCGCUGGGAGGCUGCGGAAGAAAUAAAAUCACUACUUGAGUCCGGCACCAACAUUGUCUGCGACCGCUACACGCACUCGGGCAUGGUCUACUCGGCCGCCAAGGGCCUCCCGGGGCUGCGCCUGCCCUGGGCGCGCGCCCCAGACGUCGGGCUCCCGCGGCCGGACCGCGUCGUAUUCCUGGACCUUGACGAGACGACAGCGCGGGCGCGCGGGGGUUGGGGCGACGAGGUGUAUGAAAAGGCGGCGAUGCAGCGGCAGGUCAGGCGGCUGUUUGGCGCGUUGGCGAAUGGAGGGAGGGAUGGGAACGGGGAGCUGGUGGAGGGGCUGACGGGGGAGGAGGGGUGGUUGAGCGAGGAAGGGGAUUUGAGGAUGGUGAGUGCAGAGGGAACGGUGGAGGAGGUGGCGAAGAGAGUGUGGGAGGUGGUGGAUGGAGUGAGGGGGAGGGGGAGAGUGUUGGAGUGA